CUUGUGCUCUGUGCAGGGUAUGUUUUGGCCAGUUGCCUUUCUGCACUAAAACAAGGGUUCAAAAGUCCUCGGCCGACUCACCGUUGGCAGUCCGGAGAGACAGUGUGGCUAACUGCCUCUCACGCAAGUACAGUCUACAACACUGUCUUCCUGUUGAUGAUACAACAGCACUGAACUCGUCCGCCUUCACCAUGUCCGUGUAUCCCGAGGGAGACAGUCCUCUGAUUCAGCUGCAGGAAGUGGACUCCAGCAGGUUGGGAGGUCAUGUCCUCUCUCCUGCCUUUAACUCCUCUUCUCCAUCUCUGCCGAUGGAGAGCCACCCCAUCUGCAUCCCAUCACCCUACACAGAUCUCGGCCAUGACUUCACCACUCUGCCCUUCUACAGUCCCGCUCUGCUGGGUUACGGCGCAUCGCCUCUGUCCGACUGCCCAUCGGUGCGGCAGUCGCUAAGCCCCUCCCUCUAUUGGCCACCUCAUAGCCACGUUUCCUCAAUUGCAUUGCAUCAGCAACAGACUCGACUACAACAAAACCAUCCAACUGGUGGGAGUUGGGCAGAACUUACACCACAUGAUCACAGCGAAGAGGAAAACUGCAAACCUCUGGUGAAGAGGGUAGCAGAUGCAGAGGAGACUUCUACCUCUUUGAGAGGUAAAGCUGACAUGCACUACUGCGCCGUCUGUAGCGAUUAUGCCUCUGGGUAUCAUUAUGGCGUGUGGUCAUGUGAAGGAUGCAAAGCCUUCUUCAAGAGAAGUAUACAAGGACACAAUGACUACAUCUGCCCUGCCACCAACCAGUGCACCAUCGACAAGAACCGCCGCAAAAGCUGCCAGGCCUGCCGUCUGCGAAAGUGUUAUGAAGUUGGAAUGAUGAAAUGUGGGUUACGCCGAGAUCGUGGCAGCUACCAACAAAGAGGAGCACAGCAGAAGCGAUUGGCACGAUUCUCAGGCAGGAUGAGAACAUGUGGCCCGAGAUCCCAAGAAAUCAAAAAUGUCCCAUGUCCCCUCGGUGGGAAUAAGGGGGUUAGCAUAGCGUUGAGCCCUGAGGAACUAAUCGCUCGAAUCAUGGAUGCAGAGCCACCCGAGAUUUUCCUCAUGAAAGACGUGAAGAAGCCAUUCACUGAGGCCAAUGUCAUGAUGUCACUGACCAACCUGGCUGAUAAAGAGCUCGUUCACAUGAUCAGCUGGGCCAAGAAGAUCCCAGGUUUUGUGGAGCUCAGUCUUUUUGACCAGGUCCAUUUGUUGGAGUGCUGCUGGUUAGAGGUGCUGAUGCUGGGACUGAUGUGGCGAUCCGUUAAUCACCCUGGAAAGCUCAUUUUCUCCCCAGACCUCUGUCUCAGCAGGGAUGAAGGCAGCUGUGUGCAGGGGUUUGUGGAGAUCUUUGAUAUGCUGCUGGCAGCCACGUCCAGGUUCAGAGAACUGAAGUUACAGAGAGAGGAGUAUGCGUGUCUCAAAGCCAUGAUCCUGCUCAACUCCAACAUGUGCCUGAGUUCGUCGGAGGGAGGAGAGGAGCUGCAGAGCCGGUCGAAGCUGCUGUGUCUGCUGGACUCGGUGACAGAUGCUCUGGUGUGGGCCAUCUCCAAGACAGGCCUGAGCUUCCAGCAGCGCUCCACCAGACUAGCUCAUCUGCUCAUGCUGCUCUCCCACAUAAGGCACCUCAGUAACAAAGGCAUGGACCACCUCCACUGCAUGAAGAUGAAGAAGAUGGUUCCUCUGUAUGACCUGCUUCUGGAGAUGCUGGACGCUCAUAUCAUGCACGGCUCCCGUUUGUCUCACUCCGGCCCUCGAGCGGCUCCUGCUCCCAAAGAGAGCAAAGUCGUCCAGGAGGCCUUCGCCAGCACUUCUCAGCAUGGAGGGACCUUAGCACCCUAAACCAUUUCUGCGCUGAAGAAUGAUCUAUAGUUUCUGGAGAACGGACAACAAAAACAGCCACACAAAAGAGUGGAAUAGGAUUACUCAAGAUGGAAAACUUUUUAAAAAAUUUGGCGUUUGCUGUGAAAUGCUCCGUUUUUGCAGAACUCAUUCUGAGCACAAUUGUUUGGUUUUAUGUAGCCGGAACCACAAAAAAGGAGAAACAAAACCAUUUCAGAAUUGAUAAAUUGCUGGUCGUUUGAAAACGGUUUACUAUUUGUUUCGAUUUAGAAUUUCAAAAGCAUUUUUGAAAUGUAACAUGCACGAGAAAUUCUGACAGCAUCACCACAUGCACCCAUUCCCAUGAAAUCCGCGCCACAAUGAAAUGUACAGUUUCUACUUUACCAUUUUCUCUUUCUAAACAGUACAUUUGCAACUCUCGCUUUUUGCAAAAGAAAAACAGCAUCACACUGAUGCCCUCAUCAAGGACUUGUGAUUGUCACACUGCAGUAAUUCAGGACAGUUGGAUGUUUUGUGUGCAUCUAUUACUUUUGACAAAACAGAUCAUGGAGCAAAAUGUGUUUUAAAAAAACAAACUGCCUUCUUUCGUCCUGCUCUCCUCCACCCAGUAAACCCCUUUAACACCAUAAAGGCCUUGUACAAAACCGUCAUACAUUUUCUAGAGACAGCUCAAUCUAUUGCUACUAUUCCACUGUGAAAACCUUUCUGGUUGUAAGACGCACCACAACUACCAAAAAAAAAGUACUUGUGAUAUUGCACUUUAAUAGUUCUCUGACACAUCUGAAGCCCUGUUUUGAGAAUCAAGAAAAAUGAAAAUAUUGCAGUGCCAACAGUGAUGAUACCCUAUACAUUUUGGUUUAAGAUGACAGUUAUAAAAAAAAUUUGUAUCCAUGGAUUAAUUGAUAUAAAACCAAACGUACCUUAAAGAUUACAAGCAAAAAAUUUAAAAAAAAAAAAAGUACUUAAUUUUAAUAAAUGCACAAAGUAUUUAUAAAUGUUAUUGUAUCUACCGGCAGCCAUCUGAAUUGUGACUGUUUUGAUAUGAAGCGCUAAUACUGAUUUUACAAUUUUUUGUCAACUAAGCAUUAAAGACCAGAUGUAAUACAGAUUUGUUGUAGACAAUGUUUAUUUUUAAACACAGAACAAAGUUUAAUUUGUGAAAAGUUUUUGAAAUGUACUUUCUGCACACGUCUUUGUGUUCUACCUUGCAGUGCAUAGGCAAAAGAUUGUUAUUUACAAAGGGGUGUAUUAAAAUGUUUCCAUGUGCUUUUGACAUUUUUAAAUAGAUUUCUGUUUUGGGCUUUGCAAAUGUGAACAGUUAAUUCAGACCAUAUAAAAUUUAAAAACGAGACCACAUAAUCUCUAAAUAAAUAGCAGCCAUCCAUCAUGUCUCCACAAAUUGUGGCUGAAGAGUCAAUCUUUUCCAGUUUCAAACUUACAAUCUUUAAUCAGUGCAUGAUGUGCUUAAAUCUAGAAAUAUUUCAAAAAAUUGUCGGUGACUUACAUUCAAGUUCAUACAAUGAUAUUUUUCUUUACAGCAUUGUGACCAAAAAAAAAAAUUAGAGCACAUCAACAAAAUUCUUAGUAUGGCUCUCAAAGGGGAAUGAAUAAAUAGUAUAAAAUCAAUAAUAUAAAUACAAUCGUUAAAAUAUUGCUUGGACAAAAGAGAGGUGCUUCGCAUGUUUGAGUCAUGAAAACAGCUCUGUAGAUUGAACGUGAGAACAGUU